UCACAUGACGUCUGGCGCAGAUAUUGAUGAAUUCGAGCUUAACGAGGAGUGAAAUAUUGCUCGAAAUUCCUAGCUUUUCAAGCGUUUAAACUUCAUGUUUAAGACAUAAUAUAAGAAAUCUUGGAUUUGAAGCCAUAGUCAUUCGUUUGUUGCGUAAGAUCAGGAGGUUUUUGACGUCUGGAAGUUGGAAGACGCUUUGUUCAGUAAAGCAAAUAGAGGCAGUUUUUCAGUCUCGCUUUAGAUUACAAGGAGCCUUAUCUCGGUUUUCUUUGAACUUCUAACAGAACUCAAUUAAAUGAGACCCUUACAUGGUUUUUUAAAAACUCCAAAAAAUGCUGAAGAAUGGAUAAAGAAGAAAGGAAUUACUGCUCCCUAAUACUACUGCUUACAAGGGUAGGCCUGGUAAAGUUACGUCAGUUUUUCAUAAAUGAGUGGAAUGCAUUGGGUGGAUUUGUUGCGUGGACCGACUGCCCUCAGAAUGGCGCUGACCUGUUGACAAAGUACAAACCACUUCCCUAUGAAAAAGACAAAGUCAAGUCAGGAGACUCAACAACAUGGGAUUUGUCUCUCUUUGUCAAAGCUCUGUUGGACUCCAAACCUCCAUUUGUACCCAAAUCCAAUAAGCCUUUAGUUGAUGCACUGAAAUGUUUGAAAGACACAAGAAACCAGCUUUGCCAUACUGGAAAUGGGAAGAUUGAUUCAGCAGAGUUUAAGAAGUUGUACAAUAAUGUAUGCAGUGCAUUAUUGUUAGUGGGUGCAUCACCAAUGGAUUUUAAACAAGUUGAUGAAGAUGUGCAGCAACCAUGGAAUGAAGUGUUAUCAAUGGUUAAACACUGUGCCGCACAAGAUACAGAUAUCAUGGAAAGAAUUGAUACAAUACACAACAAACUUGAUAAAAUACUGCAAGGAAUUCAAGACCUACAAUCGCCAUCACCAUCGAAAUCCACAAGUAAAGAUAUGGAAUUGUAUUCCUCAAAACUCAAAGAAGCGAUUACAAAGCAAACAUGUCUCCUACCAAAAGGACCAUAUCAAUCAAGACUGAAAACUGACGAUAUAUUCACAAAUCUAACUGUCUACCAAGGUAAACAAAAAUCUCUACAAGAAAAAGCCCAAGAAGAUCACCGCACACGAAAAUCGGUGAAAGAAAUCGCUGAGAUAUUUGUUGACGAAAACGAAGAAAACCCGAAAUCAAUUUUGGUUUCAGGCGAACCUGGUAUCGGAAAAACGAUGUUCUCGCACAAAAUCGUCAGAGACUGGUCAACAAAUUGCAUAUCGAUCMMUAAWAUYAARUUSACKUACCUGAUAAYGUUCAGGCAACUWGUCAUGCUUGGCAACAAAGAGCUCACCCUAAGAGAACUGCUUAAUCGCUCUCCUUUCCUGAACACAAGCACCAUGAUGGACGAUACAGUAAUGGCGCACGCCAUUCACCAUUCAGAGCAGUUCUUCGUUGUCCUUGAUGGCUUUGAUGAAUACGAAGACCACAACAAAAUAUUGGGAAGUUAUGAAAGCCAAUUCCCCAAUGAUGCAGAAACCAAGAUGCCGGUAGCUGCCCUGAUCAGCAAACUAAUCCAUAAAAAGAUCUUGUGCGAUUCAGUCAUCGUGAUAACUUCAAGACCGGGCGAAGCCAGCAAGUUAGACGAAAAACUCCACUUUGACCGAUGUGUAGAAAUUACAGGUUUCUCACAAGAACAGGUCCUUCAAUAUGUUGAGAAGUAUUUCAACUCUAAACCAGAUUGGGUAAAAAAGAUGGCCAUGGAGAAAGUAAGAGCAACCGCACAUUACAUGUCAUUUGGUCGCGUCCCUCUCCAGUGUUUGUUCGUGUGCCAAGUCAUCGAGUGGGAAAUCAAAAACAAUAUUACUAGAAAUAAUUUAGUUCCUCUUACACUCACUCAGUUUUAUCGUGAAAUUAUUAGUUGCCUAGAAAGAGCAAAUAGAGAGAUGGAUAGUUUAGAUAAGGAAGAGGCUUCGCUGGCUGUUGAGAAAACCCUUGAUAACUUUUCUGAACUAGCCGCACAGUUAGCUGAACAAAAUCGCUUUGCUUUCACUCAAAAAGACUUAGAAAGGCUAAAAUUACCAGAAAAUGAAAUAUCUUACCUUAAAUCAAGUAGUUUAGUAUUUUGUUAUCCUAUUGCCAGUGAUUCUCCAUUCCCACAAACAACUCUUGAAUAUAGUUUCUCACAUUUAACCAUUCAAGAGUUUUUUGUUGCUUGUCAUUUGGUGAAGAAGCGCGCAAUGGCSGYWCAAGAAACCUCUGACAUGGUGCACAUAUUCACGAGUGGUUUGUUGGGUUUAGAUCAGGAGAACAACAACGAUAAACGUAUGUCGAAAGUACUAAAGUCUGUAUGGAAACAAGGGGAGUAUAGAUGGAGACAAUGCGUUGUGUUAUUGCGCUGUCUCCAUGAGUACGGCCAAGAGAAAGAAUUCACACGACAAGAACUGACUACAAAUCGUGACUACAGAUACUGGACUAGUGAUGGGUGGAUUGUAUUACUUGGUGUAACCGACACGGACUGUGAUGCACUCGCUAUGUUAUUAGAAUCCACUGCUACAUCAAUAUCAUCACCACCACACGCAUUGUACAUUCAUCACUCACAGAUAACCAUUACCACGUUAAAUAGAUUGUUGUCAUCUCUUCAUUCAAACUCCACAAUCACUAGACUGAGGCUGGCGUUGUGUAGUUUGAAUGAUGAUCACGUAAAGUGUUUGUGUAAAUAUUUAAGUAACACUAACAUCACCUGGCUAACCCUGUAUAACAAUAACAUAUCAGAUGUAGGGGUGGAUCACAUUGUACAUAACAUAGCUAGUAAACUAACCUAUCUAGACCUGCGUGGUAAUCCAGUAUCUGUAGAAGUUAGUAAGAGUAGUAGACAAUUCUGCCAGGAUAAUUAUCCUGGACUUAGGUUCUACAUAUAG